GGAUUCUCCAGUCGGAACGGGUUACAGUUAUGUGGACGAUAUAAAUUCAUUGGUGAAUUUAACAGAUGUGGAUGCAGGAAAUGAUUUAACUACACUUUUGAUAAAUCUUUUAUAUAAUAAUACAAGAUUACAGAAAAGCCCUUUAUACAUAGUAGCAGAGUCUUAUGGAGGAAAGUUUGCCGUCACUCUUGGAAGUAAAACUGAAUCUCACACUUGGGGGGGUGGCAUUAGGUGAUAGUUGGAUCUCACCUAUAGAUUAUGUGCUUUCUUGGGGACCAUUACUAUAUGAUGUGUCAAGACUUGAUGAAAAUGGCCUCGAAGAGGCGAACAGCAUAGCGAUGCAAAUUCAGGACAAAUUAGAUUUGGGGCAGUUUGAAAAUGCAACUGACCUAUGGUCGCAAUUGGAAGGCAAUAUAAGCACUUCUAGCAAUUAUGUGAAUUUCUACAAUUUUUUGCUCGAUGAUAAUAUAGACCCUUUAUCCCCUACGGCUUCUGAAGUAUCACAAGGUUUGACCAUGAAGCGAUACGCAUCUUAUCUAUCUUCUUUGAAGGCUUCACCAGGUGGUGAAGAUCAGCUUGACACCUUGAUGAAUGGAGCUAUCAAGGAUAAGUUUAAGAUUAUUCCAAAAAAUGUUAAGUGGGGAGGACAGUCCCUUAACGUUGUUGACGCAUUUAAGGGUGAUUUUAUGAGACCACGGAUUAAUGAGGUUGAUAAACUAUUGAAUAACGGUAUCCAAGUGACUAUCUACAAUGGACAAGUUGACCUCAUUUGUGCCACAAAGGGAACUGAAGCAUGGGUACAAAAGCUCAAGUGGAAUGGACUAAAGAUGUUCAACCGUAUGGAUAGAAUUCCUCUGUAUUGUGGAGAUACGAAAACAAGGGGUUUCUUAAAGGCAUACAAAAAUUUACGGUUUUACUGGAUUCUUGAAGCUGGUCACUUUGUGCCGGUGGAAGAGCCGUGUCUAGCAUUGGAGAUGGUUGGUAACAUCACCAACUCGCCUGCUACUUGAGGGAAAAACUAUCCUUGUUUUUUGGAGGUUUCACGUCAAACCGCGGCUAAAAUCAGCAUUUUGCUUUGUAAAACGAUAGCGGUUUGGCCUAAACCGCCAAUAUCCGAUUUAAAAUGAUAUCUACCUAUUGAAAUGAUAUAUAUCCAUCUAGCUGGUGGAUAGGGAUAUUUGAGUUUGUAUUUGAAAUAUAUAUGUGUGUGAGAGAGAGAACUACAUCCAAU